AAUUUCAUUUACUGGGUAUUGUUUUAAACAAUUUUAGUGUGUCAGUUGGUACAUAGCCAUUUGAACGAAGGAAGGAAGGAAGGAACGAUGUCAAUUAUCGAGCAUGUGGUGUUGUUCAAGGUCAAAGACGAUGUUGCACCAUCGGAGAUCGAAGGCGUGGUGGAGCGAAUCAAUUCCCUUGUCUCACUGGAACAGCCCCUUCACCUUACUAUGGGUCCAUUACUGCGCAUCCAAUCCUCCCCCUCCUUCAAUUUCACGCACAUCCUCCAUAGCCGUUACAACUCCAAGGAUGACCUCCACGCCUAUGCGGUGCAUCCCACCCACGUCGCCGUCAUCAAGGUCAACGCGCCCUUCAUCGAUGACUCCAUGGCUCUUGAUUGGGUCGCCGAGGCUCAGGGUGGCCUGGUUACGCCACCUGGCUCCGCCGUGCGAGUGGCCUUCUUCAAGUUAAAGGAGGGUUUGGGAGAUCAGGUUAAAGAUGAGGUUUUGGGGGCUAUAAGAGGAAUUCAAGAUGAGUUCAAACAUGCCAUUCAGCUCACUUGCGGAGAGAAUUUCUCUCCCGGUAGAUCCAAAGGGUUCUCCGUUGCUUCCCUUGCAGUUUUUCCUGAAUUAAACGAAUUGGAGGCAGCGGAUUCUAACGAGGAAAUAGGGACCUCUCAGAAGAAUGAUAAGAUUAAGGAGCAUCUGGAGAGUGUGAUAGUCCUUGAUUAUGUGGUACCAUCACCAUAAGCCCAGUCAGCAUCUUGAUUAGGUUAUGUUUAUUUAAUCUGUUCCUGUUUGUGUUAUUUAGCUUAAUUAAUGUAUGUUCUCUGUUAAAUGGGAUGGCAUAGGAUAUAUCUCCUUCCUUCUUUAAUGCCUACUUUACUAUUUCUUUUCAAUAUUAUUAGAUGAAAAUCUUAAAAGGAGAA